UUUUUUUUUUGUUCAUCAUUUAUUUUUUUCUUAUACAUGGGUCGCAUCGUCACCUUCAAGAAACGGGUUGACUUUCCUGUUUAUGGUUUACAAUUCUCAAUGGACAAUCAACUUGUAGCUGCUGGAGGAGACGGUGCUAGUACAACUGGAACUAAAAACAAAAUCAUCAAGUUGAUGGUGGAUGCGAAGAAACGAAGGUUAAAAGAAACUUCAUCAGUAGAAUUAUCGGAACAAGAAGAUUGUGCAAUGUCAGUGGCAACUCAUCCUCAGUUACCCAUGAUAGCAGCAGGAAUCAAUAGUUCUCAUGAACUUAUCGAACAAGGACAAAAUCAACAAUGUCGGUUAUUUGAUACGCAUGAAGGAACCAUCAAAAUGAUCAAGAAGACAUGUACAAGCUCAAGCAAGAAUCCUGAAGAAUACCAAAAAAUCACGCGAUUUAGUCAUUCUGGCAAAUAUCUACUUACAGGAACAACAGAUGGUAAGGUCAGUGUAUUGAAAGUACCAGAACUCCAAGUAGCAUUUCCUCCCUUACGAUUCCAACAUGUUCAAGAUUGUGAUAUCGAUACAGCAGAAACACAUGUAGCGAUUGCAACUUCCAAAGCCAUGAUCAUCUUAUCCAUCCAGGACGGUACAGUCAUCCAAGUCAUUGAUAGUCCUCGUCUGAAUCGUUAUACCCAGUGUGAAUACCGCGCUUGCCGUUUUGUUAACAAUACACUUUAUGCCAUCGUCAAUCCAUCAUCAUCCAAAGGAAGCAAAGGUGCUUUUCUCUGUGUCUGGUCUAUCAAGAAACGGAAACCUUACCCAUUGCGAAAGGCUACCACAUGUCGUAUUAGUAGGAAAAAUAUUACUACUUUUUGUUUAAGUGAUAAAGGUGAUUUAUUGGCUUAUGCUUGUACUGAUCUUUCCGUGGGACUAGUGGAUACAUCAACGUUAAGAGUAAUCAUCAAGUAGAAAAAAAAAAGAAAAGAUGCAUGAAUGGAACUGAUGUAUUUUUUUUUUUUUGGGAUAUGAUUAGCCGGUGUUAAAGCUAGACAAGGCACAUGGAUUUGCGAUCACAAGUUUAACCUUUGACCAUACCGGGAAAUACCUUGCAUCUGCCGGUGCAGACAAUUGCUGUCAUGUUAUGAUGAUACCUGAUGAUUUAGUACUUGGACCCGAUUAUAGUACGCCUAUCUUUAUAUUCUUGGACAUGAUCCUAUUUGCGUUGUUAAUGCAUAUAAUUGUACAGUUUUCUAGUGAAUCUUAUAUCUGAUCAAUAAAAUUCUUGUUAUUAUGUUUAA